AUGUGUCCAGAGGCAGAGGACUCAGACACAGAACCUGAGACACCUCUUCCUCAAACAUUCAAGAAAGUAGGCAAAGCAGGCCCCACUACAAGAUCACACCAUGAAGCUGACAUUGAGGUAAUUCCUGAUUUCAUUCCAUCUGAUGAUUCUGCUUGUUUCCCUGGGGACUAUGGCAUUAGUGAUUCAGAUGAUGAGUCAGGUCUACCACUGCCCUGUGGAAGGAAGAGUCAAGCCAAGAGGGCCAGGACUAGGAUCUGGUAUGAUGAGACCAAGCCAGAUGCUCAUGACCAACUUUGCUUGAGUAUGUGCUUCACUGAUGUGUAUCAGUUUAGAAGAGCACUUAGGAAUUUUCAUAUCAGAAUCCUUAGAAAUUUCCAGUACCAUAGGAACUGCAAGGAUAGGAUCAUUGUGCAUUGCAAAGAAAGGGACAAUGGGUGUCCUUUUUUCAUGACUGCAUCCACAAUUGCUCAUGAGAAGACAUUCUGCAUCAAGAAGAUGAAGUUGUUGCACACUUGUGGUGCACAUGGAGAAAAAACCAAAGUGACAGUUGACUGGAUGGCCAGAACAUGUGAGCAGCAACUGAGAGAUAAUCCAAGGGCUGGUGUUGAUGCAAUUUUAAAAAGAACAAAGACUAAGUAUGGGCUGGAAGUGCCAAAGACCAAGGCCUACAGGGCAAGGUCAUUGGCCAUUGAAGUGGUGGAAGGUGACAUGAAGGGACAAUACACAAGGUUUAGGGAUUAUCUUCAAGCUGUGCUUGAUACCAACCCUGGGAGCAGAUGCAUUGUGACUACCAGAGAGCUUGAGCUCCAUCCUAGCCCAAAUCCUAGGUUCCACUACAUGUUCUACUGUCAGAAUGCUUCAAAAGAAGGUUUAGAUGGUUGCUUUAUCAAGCUUUCUACUGGGCAACAGAUACUUGCUGCCACUGGUAGGGAUGGGAAUAACAACAUAUUCCCUAUUAAAAGGAAACAGAGAGAGGAUCCUAUGCAUCACUUUGAAGGAGACACAGAAGUGGAAGAGAUGUGUCCAGAGGCAGAGGACUCAGACACAGAACCUGAGACACCUCUUCCUCAAACAUUCAAGAAAGUAGGCAAAGCAGGCCCCACUACAAGAUCACACCAUGAAGCUGACAUUGAGGUAAUUCCUGAUUUCAUUCCAUCUGAUGAUUCUGCUUGUUUCCCUGGGGACUAUGGCAUUAGUGAUUCAGAUGAUGAGUCAGGUCUACCACUGCCCUGUGGAAGGAAGAGUCAAGCCAAGAGGGCCAGGACUAGGAUCUGGUAUGAUGAGACCAAGCCAGAUGCUCAUGACCAACUUUGCUUGAGUAUGUGCUUCACUGAUGUGUAUCAGUUUAGAAGAGCACUUAGGAAUUUUCAUAUCAGAAUCCUUAGAAAUUUCCAGUACCAUAGGAACUGCAAGGAUAGGAUCAUUGUGCAUUGCAAAGAAAGGGACAAUGGGUGUCCUUUUUUCAUGACUGCAUCCACAAUUGCUCAUGAGAAGACAUUCUGCAUCAAGAAGAUGAAGUUGUUGCACACUUGUGGUGCACAUGGAGAAAAAACCAAAGUGACAGUUGACUGGAUGGCCAGAACAUGUGAGCAGCAACUGAGAGAUAAUCCAAGGGCUGGUGUUGAUGCAAUUUUAAAAAGAACAAAGACUAAGUAUGGGCUGGAAGUGCCAAAGACCAAGGCCUACAGGGCAAGGUCAUUGGCCAUUGAAGUGGUGGAAGGUGACAUGAAGGGACAAUACACAAGGUUUAGGGAUUAUCUUCAAGCUGUGCUUGAUACCAACCCUGGGAGCAGAUGCAUUGUGACUACCAGAGAGCUUGAGCUCCAUCCUAGCCCAAAUCCUAGGUUCCACUACAUGUUCUACUGUCUGAAUGCUUCAAAAGAAGGUUUCUUGAAUGGGUGUAGGCCCUUUAUAGGUUUAGAUGGUUGCUUUAUCAAGCUUUCUACUGGGCAACAGAUACUUGCUGCCACUGGUAGGGAUGGGAAUAACAACAUAUUCCCUAUUGCAAUUGGUAUUGUUGAUAAGGAGGACAAGGAAAGUUGGACUUGGUUUCUUAGCCAAUUAAGAGCUUGCAUUGGAGAGGGGAACAAGUGGGGCACAUACACAAUCAUCUCUGAUAGACAGAAGGGGCUGUUGAAUGCAAUUCAAGCUGUGUUCCCACACUCACCUCAAAGAUAUUGUCUUAGACAUAUCUAUGCAAAUUUCCAGUCAGCUGGCUUCAGGAGUGAGGAGUUGAAGAAGCAUAUGGACAAUGCUGCAUAUUCAUACACCAAGAAUGGUUUUGAGGUUGCAAUGAAUGAACUGAGAAAGGAGGAUGAAGAUGCUUGGAAGUGGCUUUGUGAUAUCCCUAAAGAGACUUGGGCAAGGCAUGCUAUGGAUCACACAUGCAAGACAGACCUAGUAGUUAACAAUCUUAGUGAAGUGUUUAACAAGAUGAUACUAGAUGUGAGGAACAACCAAUUAAGAGCUUGCAUUGGAGAGGGGAACAAGUGGGGCACAUACACAAUCAUCUCUGAUAGACAGAAGGGGCUGUUGAAUGCAAUUCAAGAUGUGUUCCCACACUCACCUCAAAGAUAUUGUCUUAGACAUAUCUAUGCAAAUUUCCAGUCAGCUGGCUUCAAGAGUGAGGAGUUGAAGAAGCAUAUGGACAAUGCUGCAUAUUCAUACACCAAGAAUGGUUUUGAGGUUGCAAUGAAUGAACUGAGAAAGGAGGAUGAAGAUUCUUGGAAGUGGCUUUGUGAUAUCCCUAAAGAGACCUGGGCAAGGCAUGCUAUGGAUCACACAUGCAAGACAGACCUAGUAGUUAACAAUCUUAGUGAAGUAUUUAACAAGAUGAUACUAGAUGUGAGGAACAAGCCAAUAAGGAGCUGUGUAGAUGGAUUCAGAACUAAGUUGAUGGUUAAGUACCAAGCAGUUAAAGAGAAGACAGAGAAGAGUAAGUGGGAGAUAACACCCACUUAUAUGGAGAAGUUGGAGGAGUCAAAGAAGUACUGA